UUUCCUGCCGCGAACAGAUGAGACUGCACUGCCCGCUAGCGACCGCGAGUGCAAAUUGAUGUCAGUUGGUUGGUGCUAUACUCUACGUGCGGCCCCAACAUGGCCUCAUCGAAUAAGGGUAUAGGUCUUCAAAUAGGCUCAGCGUGGUUUCAACGCAAAAUUAACCUUAGGCCACAACAUAGAGGGGUACAUUUAGUAACAGAAGAAAUUCUUAGGCAAAUGCCUGAAAUAUGUCAAUUUUCUGUUGGACUGUUUCACGUUCAAAUUCUUCACACUUCCGCAAGCUUAGCUCUCAACGAGAGCUGGGAUCCUGAUGUCAGGGAUGACAUGGAAAUGAUGCUGAAUAAAAUAGUGCCUGAGGGACUGCCUUAUAGACAUUCCUGUGAAGGACCAGAUGAUAUGCCAGCGCACGUGAAGGCAUGCUUCCUGGGCUCUUCUCUCACCAUCCCCAUCACUGACGGGAAGCUGAAUCUGGGCACGUGGCAGGGAAUCUGGUUGUGCGAGCACCGCGACCAGGCUGGCUCGCGCAAGCUGGUAGUCACGCUCAAUGGAUGCCUGCGCGACUCGAGCCGCUCACCUCUCAGCCCGGUGUCGCCUAUGGCGUCGACCAGUAGCUAAUAAGGCCGGGCGGUUGGACGCUCCCACCGUCUGCUUGUGGAUGCGCCACAUUGAAUUUUUCGUUUGCUCCACCGAUGCGGCUCGUUGCUUUUGAGGUGUACCUGGGGUACGUGCCUCUGGAGGUGCUGUGUGCUGCGACCGGAAGGGGCACGAGAUGCCCUGGCCCGGUGGCUCUGCAGGCCUGCCUGCAGCAGCCUUGCGUGUGGAGUAGUAGUGCAGGAUUCUGCAUGAAACGGCUCCAACAAAGACUCGGCACACAUUAUGGUGAGGGUUUGAGACAACUUUGCAGCUAUAAGAUGAUUCGAGUCAUUGGCUGCACAAACUUGGUAGCUGGGAAAGGAUUCUCUAAGCCUUUUCACUGCCAUGGCACAAGAAAAACCAGUAUACUUUAUUUUGUGAAUUACAACAUAACUUGUGUACAUACUGGGAAAAAACCGGCUUUAUGCGAUGUACAACUGUAUAGUAAAGAAAGAACAAUGAACAGGCAUGUAAUCAUUCUAGAGCACUGAAGUGCAGUGAAAUCGAUGAAAGAGCCCCUCUUAGUGUAAACAUUUUCCUAAUAUUCUGGUCCACUUGGAGAUGAAGCAUUGGAAAUCCUUCCUAAUUGGAUGUCAAGUCACCCAGAGUAGCCAUCCAUUCUGCCAAACAAGUGCUGUUAGGCUGGGAGUAUUAUCUUUCUUACUGCAAUUCCUUGAAGUUGAAAAAGGGGUAAGCCAGACUUGUUUAUAAAUGCCAAGUACAGGCCUGUAAAUAAAGAGAAAUAGCCCCAUCUCUAAAUGUGAAAUUGCAAAACUUAUAUUCAAGCAAGUUUUGAAUGGCUGUAUAACUGCAGAGACUUGUUUAAGUUCGUCACAGACUUGUAAACGAAUGAGAGAAGAUAAUUCCUUGGUACCUGAAUACUUUUCAUCCCAACGAUAAAUUAUAGGGAUUUUGUAAAGUUUUUCCACGUCAUAAGAUAUUGUUAACCUAUUGAAUGAAAUGUACAUUUGUUUUUUAAAUUUGUAUCAUUGAUUUUUUUUUAUGAACUCAAAUGUUAUGCAGUCCAGAUGCAAUGGUGCAGCUUCUGUGCAAAUGUUACAUUCCAUAAAAUUUUUGUUGUUUGCUGAAUGCUAGUUAUACCGUGCAGGACUUCCAAGCUGUGUGACUCAGUUCCCAGAGCACAGUCAGAAGUCUGUUAUCCUGGCCUUGUCAUUAGCUAUCUUGCUGUUUGAUCUUUCUGCCUCUGCAUUGUUUACUUAUUUCAAAUUUGUCUUGUGGCCUGAUUUACUAUUGCAGGGUUAGUAUGAACUGACCUUAGUUACUUGAUAUUACAAAUCUUGAAGAAGAAAGGAUACACAAUUGUUUGGGUGUGAUUUUUUCAUUUUGCAGUCUGAACUUUUUGAAAAUAUUCUAUGACUUGGUGCAGAAACCUCAUUUUGAAUAGAAACGAUAGGAUGAAGCAAUGCCAUAAAGUAUUAGAAUUUCUGUAAUAAUCUCAUGUUUGACAAUGUCUUAGAUUCACUAAAUGCACAAUAUCUUGAUUCAACUAAUUCAUUGAAUGGAGAAUUGAACAAUUUAUAAGUAUUAUCAAAUUGCAAGUUGAUAAUAAAUAGAUAAUUGUUCUGUAUAUCAUAUUUUUGAGAUGGUUCUCUUAAAAAGUCAUAACUAAAUUACCAAAUAUUAUUUACACUGAGCAAUUUGAAAUUUUGCCAAUAUCAUGCACAAUUAAUUUCUAAUUCUCAAAAUUGCAUAUUGAAUUGUCUUAACGGCAUAUAGGAUGUUCACUGUUGAUUUUAAAUGGUAAAGACUGAAAGGUUCAGUAAAUGAUUAUAUUUUGGUCAGAACGUGAAGGUAAUUGAUGGAUUUGAAGAUGAAUAUAAUUUUAUUUUCAAAUAAACCAAUCACUUUGUGAACUGAACAAAAUGUAUUAAAAAUACUUUGUAAUUAAAAACUUCAUGUGACGUUGACUGACAGUAUGGAUUGUGGGGAAAUGUUAGGCAGAAUUGUGAAACUAACAAUAUCCUCUCGAACUAAAUGUAACUAUAUUACCUUCUUUUUUAGCUGUAUACCACAUUUUCCAAACAAGUAAGAAAGGAUUAUUCAUAAAAUAAUCUUGGAAAGAGUUGAUGAUUGUAUUAUGAGAUUUUGUAUUUACUAAUUAAAAUUCAGAACCUAUCUUCGAAAUGUAUAUAUACAUUUUCUACUAUGAAUAAAGCCUUCAAAGGUUUUGUAUUCAAAACAAUUGCUUGGUCUGAAUUAUAUUAUUUAAAAUUAACGAUGAAACAUCUAUUAUGCUAUUUUCUGCCUUAAUGUGUUGCUAAUUUGAAACUACUAUCUGACUUAUCAAUUCAGAAGAGUAAAGGUUUUAAAAUUUAUUUUAGUAAGCAGCUGGCAGACAAUUAUGGGGAAUGUAUUAACAAUGUGGCUCAUUUUGUCCAUAAUAAUACUUCUCUCUUUUUCUUGUUCAGUUUGCUAUGUCGCAAAAAGAACCUAAGCUUUAUCAUAUUUCGUAUAAAUCCACUUAUUGUCUUAUGUGAGGUUCUGCAUCCAGCCGCUCAAUUUUUGCUGCUUUUUGAGGUUGUAGCGAGGAAUAUUCAUGGUAGCCCUGCCCUUCAGUGUUCAAUGACAAGAUUUUUGUAGCGAUAAUCAUGGACUGGGGGUCUUCCACUAAUUAUGAACAAAAUGAAUGCAACGCAUUUGUCUCGUUGCUGUUUUGCGUCUCAGAUGAUUUGAGUCCACAAUGCUAUCGAGCCACUCUCCUACAAUGUACAUAUGUAUACAAUAUAUAUUUUUUGCAUCUAGCAGUGUGCUGAGGGCUCAAAGUGCAAAAGCUAAGCAGUUGACAGGUCUCGUUGUUGCUCAGUGGUCUCAAACUGAUUAGCACUAGAACUUCUAGAACUUUCAUUCUCUACAGUCAAAAGAUGUAAAAUUGUAAUACGCUACAUCACCCAGUAGAAGACUGCUUCAAGUCAAAAAUGUGAAUUUUUCAGUCUUUGUUGUUUACAAAUGCCUGUAAUGAAGUCUGUGUCCGGAAAUAUCUCACUAUUCAAAUUGUUAAAAUAGCAAUUGUAUUGAGGUAGGUUUCCUUUUACAUCAUUAAUUUUGAAAAUUUAAACAAUCAUAAGUCUUUGUAUUUAAGUUAUGUUACCAAAGCAUGUUAGAAGUUUGUCAUAUGUUAUUUUCUUUGACUUACUUAAAGUAAUAUUUCCUAUUAGCUCAAAAUCUGAAAAUUCACCUACAAAAAUGCUCAUUUUGUCUUGUCAGUUUUCCAGCAGGUGUGCUAUGGGCUUGCAGUUGAGUGUCACAGGACAGAGAGUGAGAGAUUUUUGAGAAAGUUAAUACUUUGUGGUUGAGGGACUCAAAAAUGGAAAUGAAUUACUUAGUUCCAGAGAUCCUGCAGGCAUUGAUCUAAAAAGUAUUUAAUGGGCAGGCCAAUUUCAGCACAGUUCAUUUCAGUUCGUACCUAUUUUAAAAUUUUAAAAAAUUGUUAGGUUGAAAUACGGGUCUUGACUAUAUUCAUAACAAGGAUUUUUUAAUGUAGAGAAGUCAUUUGGUUUGAAUAUUUAUGUUGUUGAAUUAUUUUCAAUAAAUUGAUUAAAAUUCCAAAGAAUGGUUGGCUUGAAGGGAGGGAGCAUAUUAUUCCCCACAGAUUGUAAGAGUGGUGAAAAAUAGCAAACAGUUGUAGGGUGUUCUGUUCUUUGCUUGAACUUUCAAAAGUUAAGAAAUUACAAACAUCAAAGGGUUGAUACAAACUAAAAUACCUUAAUUAAAUAUUAAUAAAUCUCUCAGUAUAUAAUGUUCUAGUGUUAAUGGUACAAGAAUCAUUAAAGCUCAAUGUCCCAAACAUUUAAUUAAUGUUACAUAAGAAUCUCAUGUCAAGAUUGCAAUAAUUUACAUUAAAUACUUCCUUAAAUCUACUUUAAUGAUGUCAGAAGUUUGGAUUCAAUUGAAUUAUGUCGCUUCCUACCAUUUUGUUAAUAAAUGCACUAAAGAAAGUACAAUAAAUUAAUAAUUAAUAUUGAUCUGUUCUCUGUACAAAAAGGAACAGUUUCUCGUGAUAAUGAAGCGCACUUGUUUUCUUGACAUGAACAUUUGAAGGUAAGCCUCAUUUCAAGGGACGUAACCACAAAGGAACUCUUUCAAGUCCUACUUUUCAAGACAUUUUGGGCACAAAUGUUUGAGACCACUGAUACAGAAAUAAGCUCAAUCACCUAUCUGUAGGAAACACUGGAUGCCUGUGAACUGGUCGUGAAACAUUCCACAACUAUGUUAUAAAGUUGAGAAGAUCCAUAGUUGGAAAGAUAGAUAUUCAUUGACGAGGGGCUCUUUAUUAAAGUUUUAGGGGCAGAAUUCUUCUUGUAAUGAAGAGUUCUUUAAAUACUGAUGCUUGCAAUUGAGCAUUUGGUAUAAUUUUGAAGGUGAAUUUUUCCAUGAGAAUUUUAAGAGCCCCACACUGGCCUUCAUAUUAUCGUUUUUAACGUGCAAACUGAUCAGUUUGUGUGCAGUUGGCUUUAAUUCUGCAUUUAAAAGAGAGUUGGGAGAUUAGAAAAGAGCUCUACAAAUGCAUUAGUGCACAUCUGCUUAACACACAGCUCAGUCAAUAAGAGGAAGUUUUACCGUGUUUUUCUUACUUUAUUAUAUGAUUUUCUAUAUAGAUCUUAAGGAUCAAGAUGUUUGACGAUUUGUUUUGAAAGUAAUUUUCCAAUUGUAUUCUUAAGUUUUGCGUAGUGCCUAUAUAUUUUAAAGCAAAUUGAACAAUUAGCAGACAUAUUAUUCUUUCCAGUUUUGAUAUCAUUAAUUGUUUCAUUAAUCUCAUUUUAUCAAAAUAUUUUUGCAGACGGCAUUAAAUAAUUGAUGAAAUUAAAUCAAUAAAAAAUAUAAAUAUUUAUGGGAUGUUUAUUUUCUUUCUUAUCAAAUUUUAUGCACAUCUUGUUGGUUUUGUGCUUUAGGAAAAGCUUGUUAUGCAGUUAUGCUCUGCUCUGGGAGUUAUGCAGACCUGCUCUGUGCAUUGUGAGCAUUUUACAUAGUUCAUUUUGGUUGAUGAUAUUCUACAAAUAUAGUUUUGUUAUUUGAAUACUUGUUCAUUCAAAUUAAUGGGAUAAUAUUUAAUUAUGCAUCCAUUUACAAAGUGAACACAUCAUUAAUAUCUGCAUCAUAAUAUAAAAUUUGUAGUUAAUGAUUUUAGCAUUUGUUAUCAUUGCCUUUAGGAAAAAUAUCUGUAAAAAUUAAGCAACUUGUGGAACAAAGUAAUAUCCUCUGAACUUCCUUUCUAGGUACAUCUUUUGUGUAAGUGUGUUAAGUUAAUGUUUCAAGCAGAAAGUGUGAAACAUUUGGUGGGUUUUGCUGCAAUAAAUAGUUUUCAUGUUAUAUUUGUUCUGGUUUGAAAUGUAUCAUUGAUAAAGAAUGUGGAUUAAAUUGCAAAUAUUAAAGCUAACUGUUAAUGAUUUUUAAUGAAUUAUUAGACUUUGAGAAAGGGUGUUUUUAGUUUGUUACUUUUGUUUCGAACAAAAUGAACGAUGUGAAUCUUUGUCUUUGAGCUUAUAGCUUAACAGGCCAGUGUAAUACGAGAUGUAGGUGAUUGUCAUUCAUAGCGGUAACAGGUGAAUACCAACAAUGAAAGGUCAGAAUGUUGGUCAAAAUGUAUUGUGGUUUUCACAAAAUGCAUAUUAAAGAGUCCUUUUGUAUGAAGUAUCCACUAUUUGACAUGUAUUUGUAAAUAUAUCCUGUAUAGUUUGUGAAUGUGUUGUAAAUAAGUUCUAUUUCUUUUAGAAAUACCAUGUACAGUUAUUUGAGGAUCACUUGGUAUUUCUGUGGCAUGUGAUUACAAGGGUGGCUAUUGGUAGAGAGCUUCUGUGUCCUUUUUGCAAGGGGAAGGGGGCUUGUUAAUAUGGAAUUGUUUCACAAAUGGCUAUGUUAAUAUAUACAUACAUAUAAAUAUAUAUAUAGAAUGUUGUGCAAAAUGCAGCUGUGUGAGACUAAGUUUUUAGUUCUCCCAGUUCAUUAUUCCUCUUGUCAGCAUGUUUUAUUAUGUUUUUGCUCUCAUCUCCUGCUCUCUCUUUCACUCGAUCUAUUUGUUCCUAUUCAGGCUGCUCCGUUCUGCUAUAAUGGAUGUUUGAGGAAUUGCCUGUACUGAUACUUUAACAAAUUUAUCUUGUCAAUGUUCAUAGUUUAUUAAGCUGCAUUUAUCUUGCAUGUAUCUUGAUAGUAUUGAGUUUUUAGCAAAGCUUAAUUGAUAGUUCUUUUUACUUUUCUUUGUAGUUCUCUUUACUUUAUAAAUAGGUUGCAAUGUGCUAGAAGAAGGCAUGCUAUGAAAUACAAUUCCCAUAAUCUUUAGACUCUUGACACGUGGUUCAUGUGUGUUUGGGCUUGAUUGGUCUGGGGAAGAAGACAUAGCUCUACUCAUCCUCUCACUUUGCUAGUCUUGGGAGCUUUUACACUUUUUUAUUUUUUAUAACAUCCAGUGUCAACUUUUAAGAAUGUAGUCACUCUUGUCAGAGUUAUAGACUGUAGCAUAUAAUGUCUAGGAUAAGACAUAGGAAUGUGUUUCAAAUAUUUUUAUUCACAUAUCGAACAGUAUCUAUAUCUAUUUUUUGUGAUUUGAUUGGAAUAGCUUAAAUUGGCACCUUUCAAAAGUGUGUGAAGCACAUUUUUUAAAGCUUUUUUCGUGUUCAUUUUCAUUCCUGUGGUUGUAAUUUAUUUAUUAUAAUAAUUAUUGUAAAUUAAUUUACUUUUCAUUUUUUCCAGAUUUUACUUAUUUUAACAUUUUUCCAUGUAAUUAAAUUUUAGAGAUAUGGUGAAUAACGAUGAAAAAAAUUAAGUGAUUACAUUCCAUAGCCCUUUAGUUCCUUGUGCUUCAGUGCUUAACCCCCUGCUUGAGCUUCCCUCUAAUGCUUGUGUGUUUGCGUGCCUUUGGCUCCUUAGAUAAUUUUCUCUUAGGUAAAAGCUGCGUACUCCUAUGAACAUAAUUGCGGGCUGGAAUGAAAAUUAGGUAAAUUUUCUUUUUUUCUUUGCUCUUCAUUUCUUUUCUUUUCAUUUUGUUGCUAAUUUUGGAGAAAAAAGUAAUUACUUCAUCUGCUUUCAGUUUCUGAAUACAUCCAAGUUUGCUUUGUAUGCUGUUAGUUGCAUUUGUGAGAGAUUCAUUGUUUUUCACAAAAGAUUUAAAGGAAAAUCCUACCUCAAUUUUUGUAAACAAGGAAUGUAUCCGUAUGCAAAACUGAAAGUGUGGGCUAUGAAUUUGUAGAUGGGAGUGGAUAAUGGAUGCGAGUUGGUGGGUGUUGGCAUUUCAUGACCUCAGAGCCUUUUGUCAUUGGCAUGUGUUGUGUACUUGGGGACAUUAUUUGCAGGGCCUACAUUGUAAACUCUUGUUCAUGUGCCAACGAUAUUGUAGUAUGAUAAACAUUAUUUUUACUAAUUUUUGAACGUGGACCGGUGAGUUUAAAUGGAAGAUUGGACUAUUUUUUACUUUUAUUAAUCAGUAUGUAUUGCUUAUUGGAAUUUUUUAAAAUCACAGGCAAUAUCAUCGAAAUGACAUUAAAGUUUUUGACUGGAAAGGAUUGUUUUACUCUACAGAAUAUUUGUCUAUUCAGCUUUUUUAAAGAAUAAUUGGUCCAAGUCAAAAUAUUAGUUUGUUGACUGUAUUUUGCUUUUAUAUUUUACGAUACACUGAGAACACAUUUUUGAAAACUGAUUUAUAUGAAAAUUAUUAUUACUGGCAAAUAAGCAAGAGUUUGCAUUUCAUUGAAAUACAAUUAUUUCCUGUGUUUUUUAUUUAGCAAGUAAUGUAUAAUAUCCUUUUGCCCCUGAGUAGAUACUAAUUGAUAUCUUUAUUAGUAAUCACUUUAUCAAAGUCUGAAAGUUUCCGAUAUUCAAGCAUGUUGUUUUGUUCUUAUAUAACAUAUUACAUGAAGAAUGAUCUUUGUCAAAAUGGACAUGCAUCAAAAUGAAAAUGACAUUGACAAUAUAAAUGGUACUGCUAAAUGUUUUUAAUUUUCUUGUCAAUGUAUCUUGUUAUUGUUUAUAGUCUUUGAGAGAUUGUUCAUUAUGUAUGUCUUAUUUUAUAUUUUUUUGUAAUUGCCCUUGGUUCUGAUUUUUUUGUAUAUUUUCAUUCUAAGCCCUAAUGGGUUGUAUGUUUUGUUACAAUUUCCAACUUGGCCUGUUUCAGUCUUUUGUGCUCAUAGAUACUUCCUGUUAAAGUCAAAAAUGUAGUGGGUGAAAACACAGUAAAUGUUAGUUUUAUAUUUCGUUGCCAGAGUCUUACAUGGCUAUAUGGUGAGCUUAAUAUGAUAUUAUCUUGUUGGGUCCAUUAUUAGUGUUUUUGUAAGCUGCUUUAGCGUUCCAGCCGUUUUGAGGUUUGAACAUGAAUAUGUGAGUGGUUGUGUGUUUUCUGCAUUUCCUGGUUGUGGGUUCUGACCUUUCCCGUAUCCGUUUUAUAUCUUUGAAGCUAAAUGCCAGUUUAUUAUAUGUAACAUUACAUGAGGGAUAUUUGUAUCCCGUGCUGAAUAAUGGUAUGUAAAUGAAGUAUUCUAUACUGUUAUACCAAGUUGCAAAUUUAUGACAAAGGGCUAAUUAAUAGUGUUGUUUCUCAUUGCCAAACAUAUUUGUCAUCGUUCUCUUUCAAAUAUAUAAGUUCUAAAUAAGUUGUGAAUGAAAGUUAUAUAAAGGGUUAUGAGACAAUAAUUUUUAUUUUCUGAAUUAUAUAUUAUGACUUGUCAUGGACUUUUGUGUUCUUUGGUUUUUGGGUGUUACUAUUUUUCGAAUUACACCUUUUAAACCUUGUCUGUAGAUUAAAUUGAUAGGUUAAAACUUGGUGAAAAUGAUUUAUUUUAAUUGGAACUUGGCAUGACAGAUUCUGUCAUUAUGAAAUUGAGUAAAAUUGUUUGUGUGCAUAUGUUUAAGUUGUUGCUGGAAGUGUACACUACAGACAGUGCAAUUAUUCACAACCAGCCAUUGUAAACCAACCGUGCAUUGCGAAGUGGUUGUAUCAUUAUAUCAAACGCUACCAAAGAUGUUGCUAUGUGCGGGGGCCUCCCACAGUCUGUGAUUCUGAUGUUUGAAUGUUAGACAUUACUCCUCUGCCGUGUUGUGUGGAUGGAGUGUGUGACUGCAGCCCUGCCAGUGGUCAGUGCUUGGCCUUGUGCAGAGAAAAGAGUGGUAGUUCAAUGGUGCAGUGUUUCUAUUAUUAAGUUGUUGAAGGCAUGUUUUUAAAAGGAAAACAUUAUGUGGCACAAUAGCUCUAUACCUAGAGGUCUUUUAUUAUGGUAUGUUUGUGAAUUUACUAUAUUUUGUUGCUAUAAACACUUUUAUUACAGAUA